AUGUUUCCUCUGCCUCAAUUCGCACUCGCCCUCCUCUUCUUCCCUCUUACAGCCCUCGCAGACCCUAUCCACAUUCCACUCACUCGUCGCUCCUCAGGGAAUCGUGAUAUCAACUAUUAUGCCUCUGCAGCGAAGCAUCUGCAGGCCAAGUACAACAUACCGGGGAGCUUCUCCUCAGCUCACGGAAAGAGGGCGAGCUCUGAAUCAAUACAGACCAUCAACCUCCUAUCAGAUUCGGUUUAUCUUGCACCUGUGAGCGUAGGAACACCACCACAGACAUUCAAUGUCAUCCUCGACACAGGAUCAUCCGACCUUUGGGUCGCAGACACAUCAUGCAACGCAUGCAAUUCUACGACACCGCUAUUCAACCCCUCGAAAUCCUCGUCAAUCACUUCAUCGUAUACCAAUGUCACUAUCUCUUAUACAUCGAGCAACGUGUCUGGAACACUAGCACAAGAUGUGGUCUCCAUGGGCAAUUUCAGCGUUCAAAACCAAACACUUUGCAUGUUCACUCCCUCUAUGAUGACCGUUGACCGCGUCCCGGAUGACUUUUCCCCACUUGGCCUUUCAGUAUCGGGAAUCAUGGGUCUUGCGUUUUCCGCCAUUGCUGCCACGAACUCGACUCCAUUUUGGCAGGCGUUAGGAAGUCAACUGGCUGCCCCUGAGAUGGCUUUCUAUCUUACUCGAUUCCAGGAUGAUGUGAAUGCCAAGGAUGAGGAACCAGGAGGUGUGUUCACCCUCGGAGGAACAAAUUCGACGCUCUAUACUGGUGAUAUUGAAUUCCUCAAUAUGACUUUGAUUUUUGGUACACCAACCUUUUGGCUUCUCACCAUGCCUGCCAUCACCGUGCAAGGUCGGUCCGUUCAAAUCACGACAGGCAACGCCGCUCCAGUGGUCAUUGACACUGGCACUACUGUUAUCGGUGGUCCAACCGCUGACGUCAAUGCCAUUUGGGCCGCCGUUCCGGGCUCAGCCCCUUUCGUGAGCUACCCAGGAUUCUUCACUUUCCCGUGCUCUACCUCGCUUCAAGUGACACUUUCCUUCGGGGGCAAGGCUUGGCCGAUAAGUGAGGCCGACAUGAACCUUGGCCAGAUUUCGAAUGGAAGCACGCGAUGCGUCGGAGCCAUCAUCGAUCUCAACCUCGCUAGUAACAUUUCUUCUAGCUCGAGUCAUUACUGGGUUGUUGGGGAUACUUUUUUGAAGAACGUGUAUUCUGUCUUCCGUGCUGAUCCUCCUUCAAUUGGGUUCGCGCAACUUUCUAGUGUGGCGGGUGGAUCAGGCGCUCCAAACGGCACCAAAAUCACAUUGCCUGUCUUGAUGACCACGGCAACGAUGGCUGUCCUCAUGUGCUUGCUUAUUUAUUCAUACAAGUGGACUAUGGUCGAUAACUGCGGUUUUGUGGAUUCAUAA